AUGUCAAUAAGACGAACUUUAAUGUAUUUACUUUUAAUAGCAAUGAUGACAUUAACAGCAAUUGUAUAUGUAGCUUCUACUAAAAUACAUCUCGUCGAAAUAAUUAUAAUGCUUGCCGCUGGAUCAUUGGUUAUUUUUAUGACCUUUCAAGAUAUUAGUUGUAUAUGUUGUCCAACAGCUUCUGGAAGUCUUGGUAAUCUUGAUGAUAUGAUUGAUGAUUUAUUGAAUGAAUAUGAUGAACGAUCAAUUAAUGGGGAAUUAUUAAGGGUGUGGGUGUAG